AUGGCGACGUGCAAAUAUACUUGGAAUGCGAUCAAAGCAGGCGAUUGGGUUUUGAAGUUGGGGUUUGUUGGAGACGGAUUCGUUGCGUCAACGAGUAGUGGAGGAUUGUUUGGGUACUCUUUGCAAAAUGUGUCCUCCCCGGUAGUCAAUAUACAUCUGGCACAUGAAAGCAGCAUCAACGACAUGAAAGUGGUCAAUGACAACGUAAUUGCAACUUGCUCUACUGACGGAAUAAAGAUCUGGGAUACUAGAACCGGUGGUUGUCAGGCAUCAUUGGGCAAUGGCAAGUCAAACUUCUUGUCGCUAGCUUCACUAGGUGAUUCCUUAGCUGGUGGGACUGAACUACUAGGCGCCGAUGCAGAAGUACACGUUUGGGAUAUGCGGAAUACAUCACAAGUUGUAAAGUCUUUUGUUGACUCGCACCACGAUGAUGUAACUGCACUUGAGUUUCAUCCGUCCUUGAACAACUAUUUGAUGUCGGGCUCAACAGAUGGGUGUGUGAACAUUUACGACUUAUCAAAACCAGACGAGGAUGACGCUUUGCAUCAAGUAAUAAACUUUGGUUCUGUUCAUUCGUGUCAUUUCAUAACAGAGUCAAGAAUUUCAGUUUUGACACAUGAUGAGACCCUUUUAUUUCAUGACUUGAAUGACACGAAUUAUGAAGAUUUAGUCGGUCCUAAGUCAGAUGAUAGAGGAGAUUUACGGGAGCAAUGGGCGAAUAAUGAAUACGUUGUUGAUAUCAACCCGAGCGGGUUUGCUGCCUAUGGUGCAAACUCGUCUGAAAAACUAUUUAUUGUUCCAUUCAGUCCCAAGAAGGAAAAGUUUAAGGACUCAAAGAUUGUAAGUUUGCCUGGAGCGCACGGAGAAGAAGUGGUGAGGGAUGUUAUAGUCAAAUCGAAUACUACUCAAUGUCUUACGUGCGGUGAAGACAGCAAAGUAAGGCUUUGGGAGUUACCAGAAACACUAAAACAUUACUCAAUAGGUACUGCUUCUUCUCCAGUCUCCGUUAUCAACAAACCUAAGGAGAAGAGCAAAACGAAAAAGCAUCACAAAAAAACUCAUAAAAGUAAAAGUCGAAGAUUCAAUCCGUACUAA